GAGUUCUACCUCUUUAUGAUCCCUUGCACCUAUGAAAUAACUAGUGUAUUGACAUUAAGAUAAACACUUCAAAGACAAUGGUACCUCCAGCUGAGCUGUUCUUGAGAUAUUUUUUCGUUGUGAAGGCAUAUAAAAGCUCGUUCCAAAACACUUACCAAUUUAGUUCAUUUUUAUUUGAGUAAAAGCUAACACUAUGCGUGGGAUAGUAGUACUGAUUGCUUGUUUUCAUUUUUGUGUUGUUCUCGGUCUUGAAAAUGGAUUGGCACGGUUACCACCUAUGGGCUGGAUGACUUGGGAAAGAUUUCGUUGCAUAACUGACUGCAAAAAAUAUCCAACAGAAUGCAUUUCAGAAAAUUUGAUUAUGAGAACUGCUGACCUGAUGGUUUUGGAGGGAUAUCUAGAUGCAGGUUAUGAAUAUGUAAAUAUCGAUGACUGCUGGAUGAUGAGGGAAAGAGACUCGGAAGGAAAGUUGCAUGCAGAUCCAGAGCGUUUCCCCAGUGGGAUAAAAUAUUUAUCAGAUUAUAUACACUCAAAAGGACUUAAAUUCGGAAUAUACCAAGACAUUGGUACUCACACAUGUGCUGGAUAUCCAGGAAUGAAAAAUUACUUUGAAAUAGAUGCAAAAACCUUUGCUGAGUGGGAAGUAGAUUUUAUUAAAAUCGAUGGAUGUUAUGCAGACGAAGUUAAAAUGGUUGAUGAUUAUAUAUAUUUUGGAGAGCUUAUGAACCAAACUGGUCGACCAAUCUUAUACUCUUGCAGUUGGCCGGCUUAUCAGGAGUAUAACGGGAUAACUCCAAACUACGAGACGCUUAAGAAGACCUGCAAUAUGUGGAGAAAUUGGGGUGAUAUCGAAGAUUCUCAUAGCUCGGUUGAAUCAAUUACGCAGUACUUUUCUGACAAUCAGGACCGCAUUCAACCACAUUCUGGGCCAGGCCACUGGAAUGAUCCAGAUACGCUCGUUCUUGGCAACUAUGGCCUCAGUUAUGAACAGAGUAAAUCACAAUUGGCAGUAUGGACUAUUCUCGCGGCACCUUUUCUUCUAUCUAAUGAUCUAGCAAGAGUUACACCGGAUGUAAAAGCUCUUCUUUUGAAUAAAGAGAUAAUUGCGAUGAAUCAAGACUCCUUAGGCAUUCAAGGGUUGUUAGUAAAAACAGUCAACAAUAUCGAGAUAUGGAAAAAACCUAUUCUACCGAAGGUGAAAGAUGAGAUGACCCAUGGCAUAGCUUUUGUAAGCCGACGAGCCGACGGAGCACCGUAUUCCGUCAGUGUCAAGGUGAUUGAAGAUCUUGGACUAGAUGGCAGCCAGUAUAUCAAAGGAUACAUGGUUUACGAUCUUUUUGACGCAGAGCAUAAACCAUUUUUCGUUAAAGUAAAUGGAACUUUCAACACACGUAUCAACCCAACGGGAGCAAACUUAUACCGGUUUGAACCUGUACUUAAUAUAAUUCUUCGAGGAAAAACUGAUAUAAACAUGUACUAGGAAUAUUAUACUUUAUACAGAAAACUAAAUUUUAAUUUUUAAUAUUACAAAUCCGUUGGUAAUAAUAACUCAUGUUAUGAAAUGGACGUUGGACGUUCAUUAGGGUGCCCAGAAUAUGGGACCUUUUUUCAAAACCUCGCUCCACAAGUUGAUUAUUGUUCCUUGAGCUAUUUUAGGACUCUGGGUUACAUAUGAGCAAAAUCGGUCAUGUUCGGCCAUACUCCAGGGUGAAGUUUGUAUGGGAAAAUCGAAAAAAUGUAUGAAAAACUCAUGUUUUACGGUGUUGUUUGCAGGGCGCACUACUUCCAUCCAAAUAUUCUCAAAAGUGAGAUUCUCACUGGAAAUUAUUAAUUUCAUUUCAUUUCAUUUAUUUCGUUGUUUAAGCAUAACUUGUGUGAAGUUACU